AUGUCUUCGAUUAAAUUAAAUUUAGUUUUGUGCAGUGCAAUAUUAUACUUAUUGGUGUGCGUCAACACCCAGUCUGUACAUAGACGAUUUGAAUACAAAUUUUCAUUUAAACCACCAUAUUUAGCUCAAAAAGAUGGAUCAGUUCCAUUUUGGGAGUACGGAGGCAAUGCCAUCGCGUCAGGAGAGAGCGUCCGUUUGGCACCCUCUCUGAGGAGUCAGAAGGGUGCGAUCUGGACAAAACAAGCCGUCAGCUUUGACUGGUGGGAAGUGGACAUCAUGUUUAAGGUGACAGGUCGAGGGAGAAUCGGAGCUGAUGGUCUUGCGUUCUGGUACACAACCCAGAGGGGAGACUACACCGGUGAAGUCUUCGGGUCUUCGGACAGGUGGAACGGUCUGGCUGUGAUAUUCGACUCCUUCGAUAAUGACAACAAACACAAUAAUCCUUACAUCAUGGCUAUGCUCAACGAUGGCACCAAGGUCUUCGACCAUAAAAGUGACGGAACCACUCAACUCCUGUCAGGGUGUCUCCGAGACUUCAGAAACAAACCGUUCCCGACGCGUGCCCGCGUUGAGUACUAUAUGAACACCCUCACCGUGUACUUCCAUAAUGGUAUGACCAGCAACGAAGCGGACUACGAGCUGUGUUUCCGCGCCGAGAACGUUCAGCUGCCCCGCGGCGGGUUCUUCGGUGUGUCCGCUGCAACGGGCGGGUUGGCUGAUGACCAUGACGUCAUACACCUGCUCACCACGUCACUGCACAGUCAGCAGCAGCAGUCAGGAGGAGGUCAGCAGAUGAGUGCUGAUGAACAACAGAAGCUAUCGCAAGAGUACCAAGAGUAUCAGAAGAAGCUCGACCAGCAGAAAGAAGAUUACAGAAAAGAACAUCCAGAUGAGGUGCGCGACAAGGACGGAGAGUUCGACGACUGGUUCGAAUCGGACGGACAGAGGGAGCUGCGGCAGAUCUUCCAGGGACAGACGCAGAUACAUGACAUACUCAGGGAUUUGAACAAGAAAGUUGACGAGGUUAUCGGCAAGCAAAUGAACUCCUUGUCGAUGCUGACGGCCGUGUACGGUCAUUCUCAAGGGCAGCCUAUUCAGCCUGGAGCCGCACCUCCUGCACAGAUGGGGUCUCUGCCGAUCGGACGCCACGACUGGGACGCGCUGGUCACCAACAACCAAAUCAUGGCGAACACCAUUGCUGAACUUAAAGGGUUCAUAAUCGAAGUGUCUCGCAAGUCGGACUCGCUCAUCGCGGCGGGAGGGCAGGGAGCGGCCGCUAGUGGAAUCAACCCCCAGUUCCUGAAUGAGAUACGUGACUCCGUGCUGCAAGUCAAACAGACAGUCAACUCUGUCGCACAGAGGUUGACGACUCAGCCGCAGGUGCAGGCUAUGGGGGGGGCGGCCUGCCCGGAGGUAAGCUGCGUGAGCUUCACGUCGAUGCUGCUGGUGGUGGCCACACAGCUGUCGCUCAUGUUCCUCUACUCGGUAUAUAAAGAAAAAAAGGAGGCUCAAGCGAAGAAAUUCUUUUAA